AUGUCUCAGCCAGAUCCCAAGCGUGUCAAAACUGAUGACGAUGCUCCCUAUGAGCUCAUCUACUGGCCAGUCAUUCCCGGUCGUGGCGAAUUCGUCCGCCUCGUGUUCGAGGAAGCUGGUGUUCCUUACUCAGACGUUGCGCAGAGCAUAGAGAAGGGCAUGAAAGCAGUCAAAAGUCUUACUUCUACCGACAACAUCGGCGAUGAGCACAACCCGCCUGCUCUAGCUCCCCCAGCUCUCAAGCACGGCGAUCUUCUCAUCUCUCAGACGCCCAAUAUUCUUCUAUACGUCGCUCCAAGGGUCGGUCUAGCUCCCAAAGAAGGAAACGGCGUGUAUCAUCUCAAUGGGAUUGUUUUGACGAUCCUGGAUGGUCUUGUAAAUGAACUCCAUGAUACUCAUCACCCUAUCGCCAUCAGUCUCUACUACGAGGACCAGAAGGAGGAAUCCAAGAAAAAGUCCCAAUAUUUCAUAAAGGAGCGCCUCCCCAAGUAUUUCAAGUACAUGCAGCGAGUGCUUGAUGCCAAAACCAGUGGUGAGGGGCCAUGGUUAUAUGGCGACAGCUUGACCUAUGCAGACCUUGUACUUUUCCAGGCUGUUGAUGGCACCAAGUUUGCCUUUCCCAAGUCUACCGAAGCUUUGAAGAAGUCUGGCGAAUACGACGGCGUUUUCAAGUUAUAUGACGCGGUCAAGGAGAGGCCCAACAUUAGCAAUUAUCUUCAGAGUGAUAGGCGCAGGAAGUACUCUGAGGGGAUCUGGCGAUAUUACCCUGAGCUGGAAGAGGAAUAG